CCCGAUCUUCCAUUAGCUUUCCUUUCCGAUCUAGCUUAAUUUGAGCUGCUCCUCUCCUUUGCUUUAAUGGAUGUAUCCUUCCCUUCCACGAAUACGAGUUGGAGCGUAUCCUUCCACUCCACGAAUACGAGAUCGAGAUCGAGCCGGGGGCUUCGUUGCGUCAAAGUAACGCGACCGAUUCGAUUUCCAAUUGAUUUGAACCGACCCGAAUUUGGACGGGUUUCGUUGCGUGGAAGUAAAGCAACCAAUUCGAUUUCGAUUCCAAUUCCAAUUCAGAUGUCCAUAUAUUCGCAGAAUUCCGGGAACCAGAUCCAAACUCUGUCUCAGAUUCCCCGAGCAACACAGCCCACGAAAACUCCCCGCGCGCGAGCGAAAACGCCCAGCUUUCCUCGAGCCGCCGCCGCCCGCCGCCGUUCGCAAAGCCGCCGCCCGCCGCCAUGCCGAGUCGUCGCCGCCGCAACCGCAACCGCGUCCUCUCCUGCGUCGGCGCAGCUUCGGUGGGUGCGCUGCUCUUUUUCGGCGCCCAGAGCAGCAUCGGCCUUGGCGGCGCUACUUGGUCGCACCACCAGGACCAGCUCUUCCGGUCGCCGGGGCCACCGCCGCCGGAAACCCUAAUGUCGAUGCCGCGCCAGACGUCAGAGGCCGAUCUGUCCUUCGCAAGGCGCCUACUGCCCACCCGCCGCCACUCCCCGCCGCAACUCCGGGAGGAUGCCGUCCUCCUCCCGGACCGGGAGGUUCUCGUCCUGUCCGCUGACCCUGCCGUGGGGAACGCCAUGUGCGUCUUCCAGGGUGGGGCGUCCUCCCCGGCGCGCGCGCUCGGGAGGCUGCCGGGGCCCGGGCGCCACGCCUACCUCUGCCCCCUGCCUGGCUCAGAGCAGCCGCUCCAACCACCACCCCUGCUGCUUUCAUCUUCCUCUUACUCCUCCUCCGCUGCUCCCCCUGCGACUGCCCCCGCCCCUGCCCCUGCCGCUGAUUUCCGCAAGUUGCUCAAUUGGAACGACAGUCUGGUCUUUGAUUCCGCCCCUGUCCCUGGAGGCGAUCUUCUCCUCUUCGCCAAGGGCACGAACCACCGCCAAGGGGUCAUCAACACUGCCACUUCCAACAUCCAGUGCAUCUACAGCAGAGACUCCGAUGGCAUGGUGGCCUCCUCCCCCGCCACCACUUCAGCCCAGCAGGUGAUCAGGUGCCCCCCUCCACCGGCUCCUUUAAGUUCCAGCAACCUCCAUGUCACAGUAGCCCUCAACGGCCAGGAGCCUUUACCCUCACUUGCCACCUACAGUCCACAAAACACUGCCCUGCCUGUGACACGUGAAAGGAAAUCGAUCUGUGCCUGCACCAUGGUUCGAAAUGUCGCCAAGUUUCUGCCUGAGUGGGUGAGGUACCAUGCAGCAGUGGGUGUUCAGAAGUUCUUUCUAUACGACAAUGCAAGCGAGGAUGACCUAGCAGGGCAGGUCUCUAGUUUGAACUCUGCUGGCAUUGAUAUCUCCACCGUGGCCUGGCCCUGGACCAAAACGCAGGAAGCAGGGCUUUCUCAUUGCGCAGCCUUGAAUCAACCUUCCUGUGAAUGGAUGGCAUUCACGGACGUAGAUGAAUUCAUGUUUUCACCAAACUGGAACGAGGUCGACAAGCCUUCGAAAUCGUUGCUUGAGUCAGUUGUUUCCGUUGAUCCGGAGGUUGGCCAAAUAUUCCUCCCCUGCUACGAUUUUGGUCCCUCUGGCCAAACAGCACAUCCGCAGGAAGGGGUGUGCCAAGGCUACACCUGCCGGCUGACGAGAGCUGAGCGUCACAAAUCAUUGGUCCGCCUUGACGCGGUGGCAGAUUCGCUUGCAAAUUCUGUACACCAUUUUACACUAAAGCCUGGUUUCCAGAAAAUGUGGACUACUUUGGCUCGCAUAAACCACUACAAGUAUCAAGCUUGGACAGAAUUCAAAUCGAAGUUCAAACGACGCGUGUCAGCAUACGUGGCAGAUUGGACAGAUCCCGUUAACCUGCAAUCCCAUGACCGGGCCCCCGGUCUGGGAGUUGAUCCUGUUGAACCAGCUGGCUGGGCGGAGAGCUUUUGCGAGCUUAAGGAUUAUACUAUGAAGAAACUAAGUGAGAAGUGGUUCGGAAUUGGGUCUGGAGGCCGUGGAGCAAUAACAGAGUUCAACUCUAACGGUGACAUUGCUCCCUCCCCCUCUCUUCCAUAGCUUAUAGUCGUAAUAUAAAAUAACUAAAGCUAGUAUAUAUAAAACACUCAACUUGCCAAAAAAAAAUAGCCCUUAACUUGAUUAGUACAUUUUUACAUAGAACCAAGGCAUGCCAUUUUUAUUGUUUAUAUCUGCAUAUUAUAAAUGUCAUUACUAACGGCCAUUCACUGUCAGACAGUAAUCUGCACUUGUUUUCUUCAAAUUGAGCUAGUUUAGGAUUUCUGGCCAAUGAUGAUAUAUUCUGGUUUAGCUGUUGCAAUUUGACCUCUGCAGCAGUAUGCACUGAUGCACCAUAUUUACCUUUUGGUUUUAUUGUUUUUUGGCACCUGAUGCUCUUUUUGCUGAAAGUGUAAAAUCCACAAGGCAGACACAUCAGGAAUUUGUUUCUCUUUCGACUUUACUUGGUUCAAAUGAUUAAAAGCAAUCAAUCUGAGGCGGAUCAAAUUUUUGCAUGGUCUCUUCGACUCAAAUGAUAUAUAUGAAUUAAUCUAAGGCCUUCUUUUUUGCUGGAUGUUCUUUUCUGGUGCAAAGGAUAUGUGCAUGAAUCCAUCUGAAACUCAUCGGCUGGUAGAGCCUUGUGCAGAAUAAAAUCUGAGGCCAGAGGUAGCUUAGCUCUUUUUGUUUCACUUUUGUUGUUUGGGGUUCAGUGCUUCAUUCUCUUGUUUUUCUUUUGACUGCACGGUAGUUUCUGGUUUUGCAUGAGGUUAUUAUUAUUUUUUUACAGGUUAUUGGCAUGCUUCUGUUCGGUUUGCGUCACCUGUUCUUCUGGUGCAGUUUGUAGUUUAGUGGGCGCCAGUGGCUGCUGCUGCCGAAUAUCGAUAUUUUGGUGAGCUAUUUCUUUCUCUAGAUGUCUUGGUUGUUCUUCAAUAUUUUAUGAUCGGAGUUUUUUUGCGGUUUCUGAUGGAUUACAAUUUCCCCCCUGAGAUCCCACCAUCCAAGGAGCUCCAGACGCGUGCUAGAAGGACCUUGCCAUUGCUCGUCUUUCCUGGUUGACUGCAGGGAUCUUCUCUGGUUGUUCGGUUAGUUGUAGUUUGGUGGGCGCCAGUGGCUGCUGCUGCCGAAUAUCGAUAUUUUGGUGGGCUAUUUCUUUUUCUAGAUAUCUUGGUUGUUCUUCAAUAUUUUAUGGUUGGAGUUUUUUGCGGUUUCUGACAGAUUACAAUUUUCCCCGAGAUCCCACCAUCCAAGGAGCUCGUGCUAAAAGGAUCUCGCCCUUCUCUUGUGUCGAGGUUUGGGCCAUACUUCUGCCAGCCAAUUAUUGCCAGGCUAGGAGAAAAUGAUCAGCCAUUUAUAUGUACCAUGGAUUUGUAUUGGUGCCAAGUAUGUAUUAGUUCUCGUCUUUCUGCGACUUUUUUCCUUUGUUACUUCUCAAAAGUCCAAUUGAUUUGAAUUUGUCUGUGUGCUAAUGGUUCGUUCACAUACUUCGAUCUACCAUGUGCAUGUGUAUCGUAGUUAUCAGUAUUCAGCUUAGGGUUAGUCAUAAUCCUCAGAUAUAUUUAAUCCUGGGUCGAGAUUGAUUUCUUGUCAAGAUUCAUCCAUUUGCUCCCUAUUUCUAAUAAGGUACACCAAGAACUGAACAGCGGUCAGUUGUAACUGUAAGAUGUAUGGAGAGUGCCUUCCCUGAGAAAACAUGAAUAUUGAACCAAGUAUUUCAGGAAAACCAAACUAGGGCAUAAAAAGCACUAAGAACAAAGAAAUCACUUAAUUUUGGCCUAUAUAUUACUACGUAGAUGAUUUGGAAGGGUUCUCUUGUUUUAGGGUUAGCUAUGAGCUGGCAAAAGAUUUUGUGGUUUCUGGUACUGUUUGAGAAUCAGUAUAUGGUGCUUGUGAGUCCAUGUAUAAACCAGACAUGGUUCGUUUACUUGAUUGAGAAAUGCCAUCCAGAGUGCCAUAGUAAUUUCCGUUAUGUGGUUUUGCACUUUAAAUAUGACAAAUUCUUUGUUCAAAUUUUUAUUUGGUAAAUGAACCCGAAGAACUAUUUGAGACAAUCUCACAAGCAUUGUUGUCUUCUGUUGAUCCUGAUUGCCUGAGUGGCUGGGGAGGUUAUGUUCUCAUUGUGUAAGUUCCACAUGUAUCUUAAACUCUUACUGUAUGCAUAUUAUUAUACCAAAAAUACACAUGUGAGUAUGUGAGCAUCUUUCUGCUAACUGAAUACUUACCAACUUAUUAUGUAAUUCAUUAUUUGGGCAGUUGCUGUGCCAAAGUGCACCCCUUAAAAUGCUAACCCAUUCAAAACGUGUUUGAUAUUUGACCAUCAGGUUUGUUGAACCAACACUGCUUUGUUAUUAUGCACAAUAACUUUAGUAAUUGUGCUUGUGAGCUCAGAGAAGAAGGUGCUUUGUCAGUUCAUUUGAAGUUGUUCCUUACAUUCUGAAACUUUAUUUUCCUGGUUGCAGAACGCCCACUGAAGUUCAGGAGAGAGUGCUCAAGGGAAGGAUGGUUCGCAGCACCUGUAGCCCUAGAUCACAUAGAAGAUUAUUCCGUCAUUCGACCUAAAACCUGCGGGAGGUCCAUUUAUUUCAGAAAGUAAAGAACCUUUAGCAUGGAACAUAUAUAUGAUUUCUGAUUCUGUUCUCUGUCCUACAACUUGGAAACAUGCCUUACUUGGAAACAUGCCACUGAAGGCAUGUGUGCCUGUGUAUGUACUUUGUUGCAUGCGUCCUUGCAAAAAUUGGCUGGAAGAAUUUCGUCUGAGGUGGCUUUUGUUAGA